GUGUGCGCUCGCCAGCCCCCUUGCCUCCGCCGCCGCCAUGGCUCUCCUGCACAGCCACCGGCUCCUCACCGUCCCGCGCUUCGCCGCCGCCCGCGCUAGCUCAUGGUGGUCCCACGUGGAGAUGGGUCCCCCCGACCCCAUCCUGGGUGUGACAGAAGCUUUCAAGCGUGACACCAAUUCCAAGAAGAUGAACCUGGGUGUUGGGGCAUACCGGGACGACAACGGGAAGCCGUACGUCCUGAACUGUGUUCGUAAGGCAGAGGCCAUGAUAGCAUCCAAGAAGAUGGACAAGGAGUAUUUGCCCAUUGGGGGGCUAGCGGAUUUCACCCGGGCAUCUGCAGAACUGGCUCUGGGUGAAAACAGUGAGGCUUUCAAGAGUGGCCGGUAUGUCACUGUGCAGGGUAUUUCUGGGACUGGAUCUCUGCGAAUUGGAGCCAACUUUUUGCAACGGUUCUUCAAGUCUAGCCGUGACGUGUAUCUACCCAAACCAUCCUGGGGAAAUCACACACCCAUUUUCCGUGAUGCUGGCCUGCAACUUCAGGCCUACCGCUACUACGACCCCAAGACAUGUAGCCUUGACUUCUCUGGAGCCCUGGAUGACAUUUCUAAAAUUCCAGAGAAGAGCAUCAUCCUCUUGCAUGCUUGUGCUCACAACCCCACCGGGGUGGAUCCCCGGCAGGAGCAAUGGAAGGAGUUGGCAGCUAUGGUGAAGAAACGAAACCUCCUCGUGUACUUUGACAUGGCCUACCAGGGCUUUGCCAGUGGAGACAUCAACCGGGAUGCCUGGGCUGUGCGGUAUUUCAUUGAGCAGGGCAUUAACGUCAUCUUGUCACAGUCCUAUGCCAAGAACAUGGGGCUGUACGGAGAGCGUGCGGGCGCCUUCACAGUGAUCUGCAGUGACGCAGAGGAAGCCAAGAGGGUUGAGUCACAGCUGAAGAUCCUCAUCCGCCCCAUGUACUCCAACCCACCCCUGAACGGAGCCCGCAUUGCCUCUAUCAUCCUGAACACCCCUGACCUACGGAAGGAGUGGCUUGUGGAGGUGAAGGGCAUGGCCGACCGGAUCAUCAGCAUGCGGACUCAGCUGGUGUCCAACCUCAAGAAAGAGGGAUCUUCCCACAACUGGCAGCACAUCACUGACCAGAUCGGCAUGUUCUGCUUCACAGGGCUGAAGCCUGAGCAGGUGGAGCGGCUGAUCAAGGAGUUCUCCAUCUAUAUGACAAAGGACGGACGAAUCUCUGUGGCGGGAGUUACGUCGGGCAAUGUAGGUUACCUGGCUCAUGCCAUCCAUCACGUCACAAAGUAAAGACAAAGGUGUGCCCUGGAGCUGGUGGCACUCCCUGCCCCACCAGUCGAAGAUGGGGAGGGAAAGGAAACAAGCAGAAUACUUCCAACCACAGCACUUGACGCCGCUGCUGAAUGUAUCUUGUAGAUGAGUUGUAGAAGCCUAGUCAAAACUGCCCUGUGUUGUGGAGCAGGGACAUCAUUGUUGGCUCCUGUGCGUCACAGCCAUUCUCCCCUGCUGUCCAUCCUUUGUCCAUCAGCCCCAGCACCUAUCUACCCUGGAGGAAGCAAAUGCUUAGCACUGCCAUCUUACCAGCGUAGGCACCAAAGGCUUUCCCCAUGUUCAUUUCUUCAUGAGAAGGCUUUGUGCAGCUGUCGGCUGCUGCCCCAAGCAGCAGUGGGCAGGGAACUGGGUGGGCUGAGUGGGAGGGCUGCUCAGCUGUGCCCCUGCCACCUCCUCAGCUGGCCCCUGCUGCCAGCAGGCUCCAUCCUCCUCCACCCUUCUGGCCUGGGACUGGGCAGUGCCAAAGCUGUCCUCCGACAACCAGCUCAGGGGACUUCUCACUGCUAAAAUCUGCUCCAUUGCUGGCUUCACUCUUUCCAUCUGGGAAUCUCCUUUCAGGUGUAAUUCACCGUGGCAUCAGUGUGUGGGGCAGACCAGUAUCCCUCCUCUAAACCUGCCUGGUUCUCCUGAUUUCACUCCCAUACCCUGAGGUGAAACAAUUUCUCACUCCCCGAAUAAGAACCUCCUCUGUAAACUGCUGUCUGUUGGUCUCUGCCUCUCCCUGUUCCUGUACCAACCCCAGCAGCCCUCCCUGUGAAGCAGAGUCUGUGUGUGUGACCCAAAGCUGAGAGGUGGGCCCUGCUGUGCCCACCCUCAUGUGGGAGUGAGGGGUAUCCCUCUCAUCUGCUCUGUUCAGCCAAAUUUCUGGUGACACCAGAAAACAGGAGGGAAAGAUCCUGAGGGAAGUCUGAGAGCUGACGACUCAAAACCCAUUCUGUCUUUCUAAACUGAGUGUCCCUGGAGCUCUGUGACUCACUGGACUCUUAUUUUUAAUCCAAAUAAACUGGGGCAAGGCUGUGUUGAGCUGGCAACUUCCUCCUGUCAUCGUACAGCUGGAUCCUGUCCCUUCUGUGUGCCAAACAUUCCCUCUUGGGGACAUGCCAGCACAGGGGAUCUGGUAUGGCCCAUGAAAUCCUAAUCUCCCGAGAAUCCCACAUAGAGAGAGGGCAGAUCCCACCUGUGUGCCCCAAGAGCACCAGAGGGGUGUAGGCUGAGGCUGCCCCAGGUGGGAAUUGAUGUCAUGGAGCUGAAAUUGAAGCCUGCAGGGUUGAAUGUAGGUGUUGGUGAGAGCAUGGAGUUUCCAAAGGUCAUCUACCCUGUGCCCAGCCACUGGAGCACGACAGAGUUCCUCCCUGCAGCAGGCACGGCUGCCUCUCUAGGUGGAGGUGGAGGGGUUACCUCUGAGUCUGCGUGAGCUUUCUCCAUCCACUGCUACGUUUCCCCUUUGCAGCUCUACCAGGGCAUUGAGCAGAGCUGUCCUUCUUUCUCAUGCUGUAUCAGAGCAGCUGUGUUCUCCUGCAGAGCUGGGAUGGGCCCACCUAGUGCACACUGUCACUGUGUGCUGUACAGGCAGAGGGGGAGCUGCUUGCUGAGGCCGAAGAGGGCUGGAGCCUCCUGCUGCUCCCUGACAAGACGGUUUGCAGUUUUAAUGGGGAUGAUUGUUUAUGUGGCCUGCUGCCCACAGCCGCCGCUUGCCGUGAUUUGUGCAAUAAACCGCUUUCCGUGCUGCUGCUGCCACCGUGGGUGCUGCCCCAUGGCGCUGUGGGUUGUCCUGCUGUGGUUUCCCGGUUCUGCCUGGCUCUGGAGCUGCCUUCUGGUUGCGGAGAGCCCUUUUCCCCUGCGUUAGGCCUUUCUGCGACCCAUUCUCUGUGACAAUA